AUGCUGAGGGUCGUGCCGUUGACUUUGAGGGGGGAAAGGGCACUGGAGGGGCUGGAGGGGGCGGUGGAGGUGGUGGUGGAGGCAGUGGAGGGAGUGGGGGUGGUGGUGGGAGUGGUGCCAGGGGUGGCGGCGGCAGCGGCAGCAGUGGAGGCGGUGGAGGCGGUGGUGGUGGCGGAGGGAGCGGAGGCGGCGGAGGGAGCGGAGGCGGCGGAGGUAGUGGAGGAGGCGGAGGUGGAGGAGGAGGCGGGAGUGGAGGAGGCGGCGGCAGCGGUGGUGGAGCGGGUCGCAACUCUGCGCAGAGGAGUGGCUAAGGUGGUGGUCCGCGCCAGCAGCAGCGGAGUGGUGUGA